AUGGCUCAAGGCUACUUAAGCACUUCAUUAGUGAGUGAGCUCAGGCCCGGUCGACACACUCGAACCACUGGGCCCUCUCGCAGCAGAAACAGAAAAGCUGUAGAGAUUUCCUUUGAAGUGGCCCCUGCUUUGACUGGAGUGUUGAGCAAACACAUUGAUCACAGAAACCUGUUCACACAGAGAGUGUGCUGCAAGAGACAGAGCCACUUUGUGUACAUUGGACAAGACAUCUCUGGGAGUCCUGUCAGUGUGGAUGUGGGACUGUGCAGGUCACACUGUGGAGGAGCAUCCAGGCCAUCACAUGAAGCAGGACAGCAGGAAUACUCUAAACAUGCCUCAAUGUUGGACUUUCUCAGGAGCAAAAAAAUGAGGACUCGGGGACCUGUUGCUUCAGAGAGCUCAGAGCCGCUCAACCAGCUGCCCUCCUGCGGGAUGAACCAGGUGUGUGAACCCACCGGGAUGCGAGUGGACCGGGUGCUUCUGCUGGAGGGACCCCGGGAGGUGGAGGUGAUCGAGGAGUGCCACUGUGAGAUCAAGCUGACCCAAUGCAUUCGUGUCCCCGCACUGAGGACUUAUUACUCCGAGACGCCAUAUGAGACUGUCAUUGACGUGGGAGGAUGCUCCCGUUCCAAGGGCUCUCCAGAGGGAUUCUCCUGUGUCCCCACUAAGUUUGACUCAGCUUUGGUGGAGACCCCCAACAAAGUGGAUCUCAUCCAGACCGUGGCUGCCUGUGAGCUGAAGGAAAGCUGCUACAGGGUCCCAUAUGUGGAGUAUUACUAUGAAAUAGUCCACCAUGCGGAUGGAGUGAAAGAAGAGAGGCUCAAAGAAAUAGAUGUGGGCAGAUGUUUGGGAGGCUGCACUACAGGAAACCGAUGCCUUCUCAGGAGUCCAUCUGAUCCUAAAAUUUGCCACUUGUGGGCUGAACGACAGUCCAGCUCCUGUGUUCCUCAAGGCUAUGAGAGCCACAGCUUCCUCAACCAGCAUGGCCUGUUACGCACUGUCCUCUCCAUCACUUCCUGCCUUUGCCAAAACUGAACACAGCGCCCCCUACUGGACAACAACUUACAAGACCUGCAGGGGCUCCCAAAGCUUGAUCCACAGUGGCUGCAGUCGACUGAACAAAUACAAUGUCAUUCACUGAAGACUUUUCUACCCUAAAGUAUUAUUGUAUUAUAUGUAAUAUAUGUAAAAAUGAUAAUUUUGUAAAU